UAUAAACAGCAGAAACAAACCCUCAGAAGAAACACACACUCCUCACAACAAUGGCUGCUGCCAACAUUCCCUCAUCUCUCUUCACAUCCCAAAUAUGCCUUAUGAUCACCCUUAUUUUCACUCUCCUCUCCUCCUCUCCGGCAUCCUCCACUGCCCCUCCCCCUUUCAAGAAAAUUUACGCCUUCGGCGACUCCUACACCGACACCGGCAACACCAAGACCUCCACCGGUCCGGCUGCCUUCAACUACGUCUCCAACCCUCCGUAUGGCGUCACGUUCUUCCACCACCCCACCAACCGAUACUCUGACGGCCGUAUAGUCGUCGACUUCGUGGCCAAAGCCCUUUCGUUGCCUUUUCUGCCGCCUUAUCGCAACCCUAAUGCCGACCGAAAACACGGUGUCAACUUUGCCGUUGCCGGGGCGACUGCGAUUAGGCAGAGCUUCUUCUUGAAGAACAAUAUCUCGUUUAACCUUGUGGCUCAGUCCCUGCAAACUCAACUUGUCAGGUUCAACAAGCUGUUGGAGGGUGAAGGGUGCAAAGACUCGAGAACUAGUCCUAGAGAGUGUAGAGCUGCUCUGAAUGAUGCCUUGAUUUGGGUAGGUGAAAUUGGAGCUAAUGAUUAUACCUGCAGCCUUGGAUCUUCCCUUUCAAGCAAAACCAUUCAAGCUCUUGCCUUGGACAGUGUCACUGUUUUCUUACAGGCAUUGCUGAACAAGGGGGCAAAGUAUAUCAUCGUGCAAGGUCUACCGCCGACAGGCUGCAUAACGUACUCGUUUGCUAUUGCUUCCCCCGACGACAGGGACGAGAUGGGGUGUGUAGCUAGCGUGAACCGGAUCACGUCCACCCACAACGUCGCCCUCCAAGCGAAGCUACGCAGUUUGAGGAAGCAAUACCCGAAAUCCGUCAUUGUUUAUGCAGACUACUACAAUUCCCACUUGAGGGUUGUGAAGAACGCAAGGAAAUAUGGGUUCAAAGAGCAGUACAAAGUAUGCUGUGGGCACGGUGGCGGCCCCUACAACUUCGACAUUUUCAACACCUGCGGCUCGCAGUCGUCCCGCUCCUGCACCAACCCUUCUGAGUACAUCAACUGGGAUGGAGCUCACCUCACUGAAGCAGUCAACAAAGUGCUGACAAAUCUUUUUCUCAAUGGCACUUACUGCAGCCCCCCUUUUGAUUAUUUGCUGAGGAAGAAACUGCAGUCGGGAUGAAUACGUCGUACCGAUCGUGGUCGUGUUUAGAAUUUCGUGACUAGGAAAGUGUACGUACGUCCAUUUGUAGUGAAUAACUGGGACUUCUGUUGAAGAUCUGCUUUGUCUGUGUGUUUGUCUGCGAGUCCUACACUGCCUCCUUUUGGUAUGUAGAACAGGAGACUUGUUAUUACCUCCUUAAUGUUGUUUUCUUGUCUAUCAAUUCUUGGUUAGACAAGUUUGAUUUUUCACUACUAGUGCCCGGCCCUUUGCCAAAUUAGCUCAUCAAGUUAAAGUGAUUCAUUUGUGGUUUAAUUGUAUUCUUAAUCUUGUAAUAAUAUACCCAUUAGCAUUUUAUUCUUA